AUGGAGCGCAGAACCAACAGACGGGAGAAGGAGUGUGAUGACAAAUGCCACAAUGCAGAGGACGGAGAGCAGAGCUUAAAUUGCAAGACGGCUCUUGUCACACUUAAUGUUGGUGGAUAUCUUUAUAUCACACAAAAGCAGACCUUGUCCAAGUACCCAGACUCUUACCUUGAGGGAGUUGUGAACAGAAAAAUUUUCUGCCCCAUUGACGCAGAUGGACACUACUUCAUAGACAGGGAUGGGCUACUGUUUAGGCAUGUGCUAAACUUUCUCCGGAAUGGGGAACUCUUGUUACCUGAAGGCUUCCAAGAAAACCAGCUUCUGGCACAGGAGGCAGACUUCUUCAAGCUGAAAGCACUGAAUGAAGCUGUGAAAUCCAGGUGGGAGAAGGAACAGCAGGCAGCCAGGGAGACCACUUUCCUUGAAAUAACAGAUAAUCACGACCGGUCUCAAGGGCUGCGUAUUUUCUGCAAUGCCCCUGACUUCAUAUCCAAAAUCAAAGCUCGUAUUAUCCUUGUUUCAAAAAGUAGGCUGGAUGGGUUUCCUGAAGAGUUCUGCAUUUCCUCUAAUGUUAUACAGUUUAAAUAUUUCAUCAAGUCAGAAAACGGGACACGGCUGGUGCUCAAGGAAGACAACACCUUUGUCUGCACCUUAGAAACCCUCAAGUUUGAAGCCAUUAUGAUGGCACUCAAAUGUGGCUUCAGACUGCUGACAAGCCUAGACUGCUCUAAAGGGUCAAUUGUGCAAAGUGAUGCCCUUCAUUUUAUCAAGUAA